CCCCCCCCCCAACUUCCCUUAUCUGUGUUCUCCUCUUAAAACCUGCCUCUGGGUUUUGUUGAAGAGACCUAAAAGAGAGACAUGGAGGCUGUUCUACAAACCAGAGGGCUUCUCUCCCUGCCCCCAAAUCCCAAGGCCGGAUUCUCACACUCUUCACUGGGACUAAAGCAGAGAGCUUUCUCCACAAAACCCAAAACCCCAACUGGGUCAUUGUCUCUAUCCUCUUCCUCCUCAAAUGGGUUCCAGAAAUUUCAAACCUUUGCCCCUAAAGCUCACGGCUUGGGCCCAAAAGAGAGGAACUUGUUCGUAUGCAGAGCUGAGGCUGCUGCGGCUGAUGGGUUUGGUGACAUUGAAACUGAGGAGCGCAAGUUCUUGGGGGUUGAGGUUUCAAGCCUCAAGAAGAUUGUACCACUUGGGUUGAUGUUCUUUUGUAUUCUUUUCAACUACACAAUCCUGAGGGAUACUAAAGAUGUGUUGGUUGUCACAGCUAAAGGGAGUAGUGCUGAGAUUAUACCAUUCUUAAAGACUUGGGUGAAUUUGCCCAUGGCUGUUGGGUUCAUGCUCUUGUACACAAAGCUGUCUAAUGUUUUGUCAAAGAAGGCUCUCUUCUACACUGUUAUUCUUCCAUUCAUAGCCUUUUUCGGGGCUUUCGGGUUCGUGUUGUAUCCCAUGAGCAGCUACAUCCACCCUGAGGCGCUUGCUGACAGUCUUCUCAACACUCUUGGCCCAAGAUUCCUUGGCCCUCUUGCAAUCCUGAGGAUUUGGAGCUUUUGUUUGUUCUAUGUCAUGGCUGAAUUGUGGGGGAGUGUGGUGGUUUCUGUGCUUUUCUGGGGUUUUGCCAAUCAGAUAACUACCUAUGAUGAAGCAAAAAAAUUCUACCCUCUCUUUGGACUGGGGGCAAAUAUUGCCCUCGUUUUCUCAGGCAGAACAGUAAAGUAUUUCUCUAAUAUGAGGCAAAAUUUGGGUCCUGGAGUUGAUGGUUGGGCCAUGUCCUUAAGAGGGAUGAUGAGUAUUGUGGUGGUGAUGGGCUUUGCAAUCUGUGGUCUAUACUGGUGGACAAAUGCUUAUGCUCCUCUUCCCAUCCGCAGCAAGAAGAAGAAGGAAAAGCCCAAAAUGGGGACAAUGGAGAGUUUGAAGUUUUUGGUGUCUUCACCAUACAUCAGAGAUCUAGCCACUUUGGUGGUUGCAUAUGGUAUUAGCAUCAACCUUGUUGAGGUUACAUGGAAGUCCAAGCUCAAAGCUCAGUUUCCAAGCCCCAAUGAGUACUCUUCUUUUAUGGGUGACUUCUCAACUGCCACUGGAAUAGCGACUUUCACAAUGAUGUUGCUCAGCAGAUUUAUAUUUGAAAAAUAUGGAUGGGGAGUUGCUGCAAAGAUCACACCUACUGUACUACUUCUGACUGGAGUUGGUUUCUUCUCUUUGAUAUUAUUCGGUGGGCCACUUUCACCGGCUAUUGCAAGCCUGGGGAUGACUCCUCUUCUGGCAGCUGUAUAUGUGGGUGCUUUGCAAAACAUUUUCAGCAAGAGUGCCAAGUAUAGUUUGUUCGACCCGUGCAAAGAAAUGGCAUACAUUCCCUUGGAUGAAGACACCAAGGUUAAAGGAAAGGCAGCCAUUGAUGUCGUCUGCAACCCAUUGGGGAAGUCUGGUGGUGCUCUUAUCCAGCAGUUUAUGAUUUUGACAUUUGGAUCACUUGCAAACUCAACUCCUUACCUUGGAGGAGUACUUUUGGUCAUUGUUCUGGCAUGGCUUGGAGCAGCCAGGUCGUUAGACACCCAGUUCACCGCAUUGAGACGGGAGGAAGAACUUGAGAAGGAGAUGGAAAGAGCGAAAGUUAAGAUCCCAAUUAUGUCUGAAGGAACUGAAAACCGUUCUUUUGCAACCGAGCCAUUGCUGAACCCAACACUCGGCGACUCAACUAGCAGUGCUUGAGCCUCACGUCACCUCCCUGCAACAUUCGAGUCUCCUUUUCAUUGGCCAAAACUGGAAGAAUAAGUGGAGUUGAUGAGACCAAGUGAUCACUGGUGGUAGGAUAGUUGUUACUUUGCUUAAAAAAUAAGCAUCAGAUUAUGACUUCUCUUCAUGGCCGGCUUUUUGUUUCCAUAGAUUUAAACUACAGUCUCUUUAGUCGCAGUUUCUAUAUAAUGUAGAAUUAAAAUUGAUUUACACAUGGAAUAAACUUGGUUAGUUUACUCUU